GCCCAACGAGGCGAAGGCCUGGUGACAAUGGUGACAACCUCCGGCCUCCUGUUGGCCGUGGCCAUGCUGGUGGUGCCGUUCGUGCUCUACCUGGGCCAAGGCUUCAUGGAAGACUUGGCAGAGCUCCCCCGCCAGCUGACCGACUUUCGAGUGCAGGAUGCCAAAUGCUAUUGCUGCUCCAACAACCACAAGCACCCGACGACUGGGCAGACCUUGCCAUGCGACCGGUCAAUGGUCUUCCAAUCUCUGAAGAAGUGGUACAUCACCAAUGAGACCUCAGAAGGAGGAAAGAUGGAUGGGGAUCAUCUGGACAGGUUCAACACCCUUGUUCGCGCAGAGCUGGCGCCGCAAAUUGUGCCAAACCUUGAAGCAACUGGGCUUCCCGUGCGCUACAUCAUCUUUGCGGUCACUACGGCUAGCCACCCUUCGCUGUGUAUCUUUAUCCCUCGUUGGUGGUCACAAGUUCCUGGACUGGAUGGCUGGGCUCUCUUCACUGUGACCUUGCGAGUCCUGAUGAACUGGGCGUGCUUCGGGACCGCUUGCCUUUUUGCAUCGGGCUUCGCUAUGAAGCUUGCCGCCCUGGGCAUGCGCUUGCACCAAAGGAAAGCUGUCGAGUCGUAUUGGCUCAUGCCUGCUUUGAUGGUGCUGCCCCUGGUUUUCGUGACUGGUACGCUGUGGUUUUCCGUCGCCCUGACCGGGGUCCUCACGGAGGACACCAGCUUGCUCCCUCUGCUGCCGUUCUCGUUCCAGGUAGCCAUCACGCUCGCAUUAGUGGGCAAUGUAAAAGUGCUCCACCGCCACGCAGAAGUUCCCGGACGUGCAAACAAGGCGCUAGACGGAAACGGAGGCCAAAACGCACAGUCGACACGGGCAGACUCCGAUGCCUCAGAGGUUGGGAUCUUCGAAGUCUAA